AUGAUUGAAAGCAGGUGUGAAACUUCUGACCUGUUCCCUCCAGAAUUUGUGUAUCUAUUCAUUUACAGACCCUCUCCUGAAGACAUUGACCUACAAGGCAAGAUAAAGGCAGUAAGAAUAAAUAUGACUGACCCAAAUCAACAGCCUCUGACAAUAGUCAAUCCUCCCGCUCCACAAUGCAUCAAUUCCCAAGGAACUGGCCGUUUAACAAAUCAGCUUCAAUAUUUGCAGAGGGUGGUCAUGAAAGCAAUGUGGAGGCAUAACUUUUCCUGGCCAUUUCAUCAGCCUGUAGAUGCUGCAGGUUUAAAACUUCCAGAUUAUUAUAAUAUUAUUAAAAACCCAAUGGACUUGACCACGAUUCAGAAACGCCUGGAGCACAACUAUUACACAUGUGCUGCGGAAUGUAUUGAAAACUUUAAAACAAUGUUUGCAAACUGCUAUAUGUACAACAAGCCUGGUGAUGACAUUGUUUUCAUGGCACAGGAGCUGGAAAAAGUCUUUAUGCAGAAAGUUGCACAGAUGCCCCCAGAAGAGAAAAUAGUUGUGAUCAAUCAAGCAAAAAGAAAAGGGAAAAAUAUAGACGUUGAUGAGCAAUCCAAUACAGGCAUCUCGCAAGCUAAGCAAAGUAAGCAGCUGAAGCCAUCUAGAAAGGUUAGACGGUUUCGGAUGAUGAAGACAGUGAUGCAGCAACAUGCCCCAGAUCCUUCACCUGAGCCUCAGUCAUCAAAUGUAAUGUCAGCCACUGAAACAGGAACUAAAGGUGUGAAAAGGAAAGCGGAUACUACUACUGCAAUCCUCACAGCAAGUGGCGAAUCUUCUCCAGCACCCAACGAACCCAAAAUUACAAAGAUCUCCUCCAGAGAAGAGUUUGAAGAAGAGCUUCUAACAAAAAAAGGCUUGCCAGAUUCCCAGCAACCACCUGAGCCCAUAAAAACAUUAAAGAUAACAGAACCACUGAAAUACUGUAAUGAGAUUCUUACAGAAAUGUUCUCAAAACAGCAUGAAGCAUAUGCUUGGCCUUUUUAUAAACCAGUAGAUGUUACAGCCUUGGGACUCAAAGAUUAUCAUGACAUUAUUAAAUGUCCCAUGGAUCUUGGAACUAUUAAAAAUAAAAUGGAAAACAAUGAGUAUAAAGACACACAAGAAUUUGCUGCUGAUAUUAGGCUAAUGUUUAUGAACUGCUACAGAUACAACUCUCCUGACCAAGAGGUAGUGGCUAUGGCAAGGAAACUUCAGGAUGUCUUCGAGAUGCAGUUUGCCAAAAUUCCAGAUGAACCAGCGUCCUAUAGGCCUUUGCCAUACUCCACUGCAAGGCCCACAGUAUCUGUUUCUAGUGAAAGCAGCAGUGAUGCCUCCUCUGAGGACUCAGAAGAAGAAAGGGCAAGACGCCUUGCAGAGCUCCAGGAUCAACUUAAGGCUGUUCAUCAGCAAUUGCAAGCUUUGGCUAAAACUGCAUUACCCAGAUUGAAAAGGAAGAAAGGAAAAUAUCAGAAAGAGAAAAGAAAAAACAAAGUCAAAAACAAGUAUGGCAGUCAAAAGAAGAGAAAGAUGAAGCAAAUGAAGAGGCUGAAGAAGAAAAUGUCUUUGAACAUUUGUUCAAAGAAAAUCAAGCAGCAAGAGGAGCCAAUGUACAAAUCUGAAGAUGACGAAAGUGCCAAGCCUAUGAGUUAUGAUGAAAAGAGGCAGUUAAGUUUGGACAUAAAUAAACUCCCAGGAGAGAAGCUUGGCAGAGUGGUCUAUAUUAUUCAGUCAAGGGAACCUUCACUGAGACACUCAAAUCCUGAUGAAAUAGAAAUAGACUUUGAAACUCUCAAAGCAUCAACAUUAAGGGAACUGGAGAAAUACGUAAUGGCUUGUUUGAGAAAAAGACCCAAGAAACAUAAUGCAAAAAAAUCAAAGAAAGAAAGGAGGCUGGUGGACUUCACUGGACAGUUUAGCUCUAAAAGACUGAAUACAAAAUUAUUUUGUUCAGUUCUCUUCCAUUUUGCAGCUGAAAAUAAUGCUAUACCAAAUACCAUUGGAGGGCCAAGCCGGCUGAGUGAAAGCAGCAGCAGCAGCAGCAGCAGUAGCAGCAGCACAUCCUCUGACUCUGCAAGCACCAGUGGAGAUUCCAGCUCUUCUGACAGCAGUGAUUCUGAAUCAGAAACACAUUUAAAUGGAAAUGGAAAUGGGAAAAAGAAUUUAUUUUGCAGAGAGCAAAGCAAGCUGCCACUUCAUCAUCCAAGAACAUCCUGCAAUACUGUUCCCCAAGUACCGAGUACUUCAUAUACUAGCAUACAGUCUCAAAGACCAACAGGAGCAAGGUUCCACCAACAGAUACUGCAACCCUCCCAAAUGUUGCAGCGUAGCCCUUUAAAACUCCAAGAACAACACAUACUUUCACCUGCAGGUAUAGUGGCUGUUGUGUCUCCUUUGCCUUGCACUCCUGUUCAAGAGGCAUCUCAGAAUGGCUUAGCAGCAAACCCCAACUCUACUAUCCACUGUGGUCACUUGCUUUCAGAGGUAACUUGUUCCUCCUCCCCAAAUAUCCCAUUGGGUGAUACCAAAGAAACUGGGAAAACAUUGUUUCAUCAAACACAACCAUCUCCUGUGUACUCUAUAACCUCUUUGAGAACUGCUGACUCAAAUUCUACUAAUCAAGAGCAAAAACCAAAGAGUAGUUUUCCAGAUGGUCCGUGUGGGCAACACAUGACUGAUUCAACACAUGCCACUGUUCCAACAAGCUGCUCUGAUAAAUGUGACGGAGAGAAAAAAAGAGAUGCUAAACCUCAAAUUACUAUAGCAAAGGACAUAAAAGUCAAGCAUGCAGAUUCUUGGACAAGUUUAGGUAAACUAAUACCUGCUCCAGUCCCAAUCAAAUCCUCCAGCGAAAGCUUUAGGCAGUUCCAAAAAGCAGCACUAGAAAAAGAAGAAAAUGAGUGGGCAAAAGAAAGAAGAAGGCAAUUGGAGCAAGCUGAAAGGAAACCGAAAAUCCUCCCUCAGGAAAAAGAGAGGAACAAUGGACAGACAAAUUUGAAGUCCCCUAUAGUAAAAGGAAGUUCUUCACCUGCAAAAGGAGCAAUGCCUAUCAAAGAGCAACCAUGUUUACCACAGAAUUUUGCUGUGGACCGUAACUUAGCAAGAAAAAUGGAGCAAGAACGAAGGAGGAGAGAAGCACUUACAGGUACCAUUGAUAUGACUUUACAAAGUGACAUUAUGACAACAUUUGAAGAAAACCUAUAAUGAGAACAAAGGAACUCUGUUAGUUCUUUAAAAGGUGACCAUGGAUUCCAGAAAACAUUCAAGACCAGUGAUUUGUUAAAAUAUACCUGAAUGGAUUAUCCCUGCAAUUCUUAUCUGUUUUUGAAAAGCCAAUGUAUUCAGUUUUAUAAAAUGUGUACCAUUACAACCAUGAAAAUAUGUGUAAACCUUUCAAUGUAAAGUUAUAUUUAGUCAUUCAUAAUGCUUUGUGGCAGUUUUCUGGUCAUACACACAAAUGAUACUACUACAACAACUACUUACAAACUAUUUAACCUUUUGUUUAAAAAAACCCAUUAUUUUAUAUGUCUUGCUCAUUAAACAAAGGUAUUGCUUUAGGGAUCAGACAGUCUUUAAAUACAUUUGAAACAGAUGAACCAUUUCAUUUUUUGUAUUUAAAACUACUGAAAAUAACUCAUAUCUGUCUGUGUGCAUAGAAGUGCACAAUUAUGACGGCAUAUUAUUUAUAGCUUUAAAAUUUUUUAAAUCUUCCUGCAUGUUUCUUUUUGUUUUUACUUUGUUUUCUGGUUAAUGUGUUUAAGUUAAAAUAGCAGGAUAAAAUGUUUUUAGUUUGCUUGGUACCUGCCACUUGGAAAAUAAAACAAUUGGUAUCUGCUAUGCAAUUUCCCUGGGUUAACUGCCCCCCAAAUCCUGUUAAUAUUAGUAAUUUUUAAAGCACUUAUGUUCAUGUAUGAUUUCACUUUUGAUUUUCUUUUGGGCAUAUGCCCACAGAGCUUUGCUUAUGAUACCCAUCUGCCAUAAUAUAUUACAACAUUGAAACUAUAAUAA